GGCGCACCAAAUCCCGGUGCCGCGGGGAGUGGUGGCACUGCCCCUUCUGGCGCAGCAGCCCGGGGCAGCGCCGGCGGAGGAAGCUCGCCCAGAGGCGAGAUCCUCCUGCGGACUGGAUGCGCUCUCUUCCCAAGCGCAACCAGCGUCCAGUGCGAAUCAGUAGCUCAGCCGAAAGAGCAGAGGAUCCGAGUGAAAUUAGAGGAGCGCAACUGGCGGCACCCGGCGUCCUUUGAACCUCCCCAAAGAAAGCGAACCAGCCCCCACCCUCCAACAUCAAAGUGGAGAUUCGGUGACUCUUAACUUUGUUACAAACUCUCGGGGGCCAGCCUGGGUUUUGUUUUGCUUAUUUCCCGGAGGGGCGGGGGGAGAAGAUGAGAAGUAGCGCACUUUGAGUGACGAGGAAGUGAGAAGAGCCGGGGAUUGAAUCCAGGAUUCUUGGAGCGAAAAGACAGUCGGUCCCAUCCGGACACCGGCUAGUCUCUGCGACCCUCCGCCUCCCGCGUGGCGGGUUUGGACAUUUCUACUGCGCAGCACCGAGAGCAACUCUCGGCGGGGGCGUUCUCGGCCCAGUUGGCAGGUCGCCUCCGAGUGCGCAGAUCUACUCUUUGCUAGCGCCCUCGGCGCUUCUGGCUCUCUUGAGCCCCGCCGGGGGCACGGGCCGGCGCCCUAGCUGCGCCGCUACCGGCUCCGGCCUGGCCGUGGGAUGUUAGCAGUGGGGGCGAUGGAGGGCACCCGGCAGAGUGCGUUCCUGCUCAGCAGUCCGCCCCUGGCCGCCCUGCACAGCAUGGCCGAGAUGAAGACCCCGCUGUACCCCGCCGCCUACCCCCCGCUGCCCACUGGCCCCCCUUCCUCCUCGUCCUCGUCUUCUUCGUCCUCGUCGCCCUCCCCGCCUUUGGGCGCCCACAACCCAAGCGGCCUGAAGCCCCCAGCCGCAGGGGGGCUCUCGUCCCUGGGCAGUCCCCCGCAGCAGCUCUCGGCCGCCACCCCACACGGCAUCAACGACAUCCUGAGCCGGCCUUCCAUGCCCGUGGCGUCUGGAGCCGCCCUGCCCUCUGCCUCGCCCUCUGGUUCCUCCUCCUCAUCUUCCUCGUCCGCUUCUGCUUCCUCAGCCUCUGCGGCGGCUGCCGCUGCUGCUGCGGCCGCGGCGGCUGCCUCAUCCCCGGCUGGGCUGCUAGCCGGCCUGCCCCGCUUCAGCAGCUUGAGCCCGCCACCGCCGCCUCCUGGGCUCUACUUCAGCCCUAGUGCGGCAGCCGUGGCCGCGGUGGGCCGGUACCCCAAGCCACUGGCCGAGCUGCCCGGCCGGACGCCCAUCUUCUGGCCGGGAGUGAUGCAGAGCCCGCCCUGGAGGGACGCACGCCUGGCCUGUACCCCUCAUCAAGGAUCCAUUUUGUUGGACAAAGACGGGAAGAGAAAACACACGAGACCCACGUUCUCUGGCCAGCAGAUCUUCGCUUUGGAGAAGACUUUCGAACAAACGAAAUACUUGGCUGGGCCGGAGAGAGCUCGCUUGGCCUAUUCGUUGGGGAUGACCGAGAGUCAGGUCAAGGUCUGGUUCCAGAACCGCCGGACCAAGUGGAGGAAGAAGCAUGCGGCCGAGAUGGCUACAGCCAAGAAGAAGCAGGACUCGGAGACCGAGCGGCUCAAGGGGGCCUCGGAGAAUGAGGAAGAAGACGACGACUACAACAAGCCUCUGGAUCCCAACUCGGACGACGAGAAAAUCACGCAGCUGCUGAAGAAGCACAAGUCCAGCAGCGGCGGCGGCGGCCUCCUGCUGCACGCGUCCGAGAACGAGGGCUCGUCCUGAGCGCGGUCGCCGGCCCGCGCUGCCGGCUGCAGCUCGGCCGCUGGGACCGCGCCUGCCCGCCUGCCUGUGCCUCGGCCCGGAGGACCGGCCCGGCCCGCAGGGCCCUUUACUAUUUUCUGAGAUGUACAUAUCUAUUUUUUUAACCUAGAAGUUGUGGCGGGGUGGGAGCAGAGGAGAGAGACUCGGGGGUGGAUAAGAAAGCAAGCAAGAACAAAAAUGCACUGCAGAAAUAACGAGACUGAAACCCGCAGCCGAGCGACGGCCCACCCCACUCGGGUCCCCCAGACCCGUCCCCUUGGUCGCACGCCGGGUCUCCACCAAUUCCCCUGCUUUUGCCUCCCUCCGCGGGCGUUGGGUCGGGGGCGCCAGAGGUGCUUUUGAAGGGUCGACACUCACCGCGCGGGGGACCCCGGAGCCUCGCGGGCGGGCUGCAGCCACAGACGGGAAGAGGGACGUUUCUCCCCCAUACACUGCUGUGCCGACUAAAGUAACCUGUUGAAGGCUCUGUGUAAAUAAAUCGUGAGUCACACUGACUAGAAGUUACUUUAUUGUGAAUAUUUAAAAUGUUAAAUGCUUUUUUGAAUUUGUUAUAAAAUGAUGGACCCCCCUCCUUUCCUCCCUUCCCCUUUAAAGAGCUAUUCACACCACACAUCCCCUUUUUAUUUUAAACUUAAUUUGGGAAUUCAAGAAAACAAUGUCGUCAUCCUCCCACGACACCCCGCCCUCACUCCUCUUCCGGGUUUGGUUUCGUUGAACCUUACUUGCCCCCCAAUCCCUUCUUGAGUUGCCCUGCCCACCCCCUGGUUCUGCUCCCGGGCCUCGCCCCAGGACUGAAAGCAGAAGACGUGGGAACUGGGGCGGGCCUCACACCUGCCUCUCCGAUUCCCCUGAAAUUGCACAGUCGUUUGUUGCUAUUUAUUAGUGAUUUAAAGAAAGUAUUGGGGAGGGAGGGGCUACAAUAGCUUGUAUUUAAUUUAACUCCAUUCUGAUAAAAAUGCGUGUUAAAGUAGAUGGUGGGAAUUGUUACAUCCGCUCUGAGUAAGAACAUAAAAGUCCAUUUAGUUGCUGUAAUUGAAUUUGAAGUGUUUUGUAUCAUAAGAAUACUAUAGAAUAUGUAAAUUGUUUUCUUUUUUAAGCUAAUAACGGUGAUAUAUUAGCAUCUUUAACCUUUAUUAAUUUAUAUAAGGAAUUCGGUUUGUAAAGAGAAGAAAACCCCCCUUUGCAAGACCAGUUAAAUGUAAUGCACUUUCUGUUUCAAAGGAUAAAUCA